AUGGUGGCAGAGAUGGCGAGCUGUGGAUCUGCUGCGCACAUCGACGACGGAGAUGUUGAUAUCCCUGCCCCACAGGACAAAGGUGACCAGGCUGACACCGACAGCAGCAGUGCAGACAACACGGAGUCGUCCAGUGAAGAUAGUUCAGAUGAAGAGGAAAAUGAGGAAGAAGAAGAAGUGGCAGAGGCGGAGGGAGAUACAGAAGAGUGCCAUAAUGAACCAGCUGCUAAUGGUUCAGUGGAGGAUGUCAUUUCUGCCGAAGCAAAUAAACACAAAGAAGAUCGAUCUUUCAAGUUUUGCUGUGAAAAAUGCAAGGCAGUACAGCAGAGCCACGGUAAAGAACUUGUGAGGCCCAUAAAGCUAGCAAAGGGAAGAUUACAAGUGAAGCUGGAUGGAGAGGGCACGUAUGAGUGCGCUGAGACUGGCCUGGUAUUCGAGGCUUCAGAGCCAGUGGUGGUGCGCUACUGCGUCUUGUCCUGGGCCAAGUUCGGAGCGUAUCUCGGGGGUUCCUGGAAGUUUGCCGGACCCAUCUUUAACGUGGAUACGGUGAAUAAGGAUGCCUCUGUGCUCAAGUCCAUCCAGUUCCCGCACUCUGUCUGUCUCGCAGACCCUGAUAGUGAUCGCAGAUUCAGUGUUCUGCAUAUGAAGAAUCAGCGUCCUCUCAUCGAGCCCACAGUGGACCACUCGGGCAGCCACGUCAAGUGGAACGUGACCUCGCUGUCCCCUGUAGGCCCCAUCAUCCAGACCAGCCAGCCUGUGGAGCACCAUGGUGUGGUGCUCAUUUACAAGCAGGUCGCCAGCAGCAACAACUGCCACAGCUUCCACAUCUACCUGGCCACCAACAGCCCCUCGGAUAUUAAGGAUAUUCGUUGCCAGGUGCGUGGUUACAAGAAUCGCUACAUCAGUAUCGAGAAACCUCCCACUUGUAAACUGGAUGAAGGCACUUACCGCCUCCUGUGUGAGCCAGAGGGAGAAGUCAAACCUCAGGAGCUGAAAUUCACCCUUGCUGUGACAAAAAUGAAAGGUUACUUUGAAGCCUUUUUUGAGCAGCCUCCUCCUUUUAAAAUGUCUCUUAUAGAGACCUGUACCGAUGCAACCGUUUGGUCUGCAACCAUCAGAGAAGGUGACUGUGUGGAUCCAGAAAAAAAGCCCAGGAAGAGAACCAUUGGCCGACAGCGAAGUAGCAGUCCAUCUGAAGAAGAGACAAACUGUAAAAGGUCCCGAUGGGAGAUCGAGUCAGACGGGAGGAAACCAGCCAAGACUCCAGCCCAGGACAUGACCGAGAGGCAGCUGCUGCAGGUGGCCAAGAGGCUGGGGAAGGAGUGGAAGCAGGUGGCCAUAUAUCUGGACUUGAGCUCUCGCGACUUGGACGAUAUUCAGACGGUGGAGAAGGACGUGACCAUGCAGAAGCUCAAGAUGUUGGUGGAGUGGAAGAGCAGAAGGGUCAUGGGUCAGGCCACACCCUCCGACCUGUUGAAUAGCAUCAAAGAAUUGGACGAUCUGCCCAUUGAUUUCAUACAGACACUGGAAGAUAUGAGGGACGGCAACACUGAAAAAUAG